AUGGCUUCUUCGCGCCAGGUCUACCUGCUCCCAUUGAAGGACGAUGGGUCGCCCGAUGUACCCGGUGGAUAUAUCUAUUUACCACCUCCAGGAGACGCGGGGUAUGUACUGCGUUUCAUCAUCGAGGGGACCAGUUCCAUCUGCCGUCAAGGCAGCCUGUGGGUCAACAUCCCCGAGGAGGGCAAGGCAUUCGAGCGCCAUUCGUUUCGCGAGUUUAGAUUAAAGCCAAAUUUCAACCGGAACAUUCAGAUCGAUAUCCCAGUUUUUAACGCCGGCGCUUUCGCCUACUAUGCCACUUUCUCUCCGCUCCCCGUCUUCUCGGUUGAGCCAGUUCUCUCCCCAGAGCCGACAAAGACGCCUCUUCAUUAUAUAGAUGUAUCGCCGAGCCUUACUUUACGCGGCAAGGACCUCCCGCUCAACGCGCUCUCGAUUUUUUCGGUGAUCUCCAAGUUCAUGGGACAGUACCCGGUUGACUGGGACAAGCAUUUGCAUGGAAUCGGCCAGCGCAACUACAACAUGGUUCACUUUACCCCGCUCAUGCAGCGUGGCGCAUCCAAUUCGCCCUACAGUAUCUUCGAUCAGUUAACCUUCGACCCGGCUCUGUUCCCAAAGGGCGAGGCGGAUGUUGCGUCGUUGGUUCCUCGUAUGGAAAAGGACUACGGACUCCUUACUCUGACUGAUGUGGUUUGGAACCAUACUGCUCACAACAGCAAGUGGCUAGAGGAACACCCGGAGGCUGGAUACAGCGUGGAGACCGCUCCUUGGCUGGAAUCCGCUCUGGAGUUGGAUACUGCGUUGCUGAAGUUUGGCGAUGAUCUUGAAGGCUUAGGUCUUCCUACAGAGUUCAAGACCGAGGAUGACUUGUUGAAAGUCAUGAACGUGAUGCGCAAACACGUAGUGGAUGGCAUCAAACUGUGGGAGUUCUACGCCAUUGAUGUGAAAGCCGAUGCGAAGAAGAUUUUGAAUACAUGGACCAGCGAGAAGACUGACCCCGCGAGCGAGAAGGCUAAGACUAUUCGCGAGCAUGGCAUUCCAAAUUCGAAACAGGUCUUUGGAAGAUUUGGACGAUCUGUGGAUGCGAAAUGCGGUGCGGCUAUCUUGACUGUCCUUCACGGCGAUUACGAUCAAAAUUCCUCCGAUAUUGCUGCGGUUGAAGCAUCAUUAACUAAACUUCUUGAUGCGGUAAAUUUGCCACUGUAUGAGGAAUAUGAUGCAGAUGUCGCUGACAUCAUGGACCAACUCUUCAACCGCAUUAAAUACCUCCGAAUCGAUGAACACGGCCCCAAGAUGGGACCUGUCACGAAGGACAGCCCGCUAAUCGAGACUUAUUUUACUCGUCUUCCUGACAACGACGUUACGAAGAAGCACAACCCCAAAGCUCUUGCGCUUGUUAACAAUGGCUGGAUUUGGAACGCUGAUGCAAUGCGUGAUAAUGCUGGCCCCGACUCGAAAGCAUAUCUGCGUCGUGAAGUGAUUGUCUGGGGAGAUUGCGUCAAGCUUCGGUACGGCAACUCACCCGAAGAUAACCCUUUCCUGUGGGACUUCAUGACCCAGUAUACCCGCUUGAUGGCCAAGUAUUUCUCUGGCUUCCGAAUUGAUAAUUGCCAUUCGACGCCGCUUCCUGUCGCCGAAUACCUACUGGAUGAGGCGCGCAAGGUUCGCCCCAAUCUAACAGUCUUUGCUGAGCUGUUCACAGGAUCUGAAGAGGCCGACUAUGUCUUUGUCAAGCGACUGGGCAUUAAUGCAUUGAUCCGUGAAGCGAUGCAGGCCUGGAGUACUGCAGAGCUGAGUCGCCUUGUCCACCGUCAUGGUGGACGUCCCAUUGGAAGCUUUGAUGUAGAUCUCCCUUCAGCUGGCAGCAGCCACGCCAUCGCAUCUGCAAAUACUGGUGAUUCCCGAGAAAAGAUCACUCACAUUAGACCGUCUCCGGUCCAAGCCCUCUUCAUGGACUGCACUCAUGACAAUGAAGUUCCAGCUCAGAAACGGGAUGCUCGAGACACUCUUCCCAAUGCCGCCCUGGUAGCAAUGUGCGCGUCUGCCAUCGGAAGUGUUAUGGGCUACGAUGAGAUCUAUCCCAAGCUUGUAGACCUUGUUCAUGAAAUUCGACAAUACACAUCGCCGUUUUCGGAGGCCGAGAAAGUUGAGAUUGGGUCCGGAGAAGGCGGCAUUGGCGGCGUUAAGAAGCUCUUGAAUGAGCUCCACACGAUGAUGGGAGUUGAGGGCUACGAUGAAACCCAUAUCCACCACGACGGGGAAUACAUCACCGUUCACCGAGUCCAUCCAAAGACGAGGAAGGGUAUCUUCCUCAUCGCACACACUGCCUUCCCAGGCAAUGAAAGCGGUGCCAUUCUGCCUCCAACCAAUAUUGCCGGUACUCAGGCCAAGCAUAUCGGCUCAUGGCUUCUGGAGGUUCAUGCGGAUGAUGAUGCCAAAGCUAAGGUCUUGGCGGAUGACAAGUAUCUCAAGGGUCUUCCAAGCAAGACUAGAAAUAUUGAAGCCACAAAGAUCGAGGGCAAUGGGAACGAAGUGACCAUAUCCGUGCUCGAAACUCUUGUGCCUGGCUCCAUCGCUCUUUUCGAAACAUGGAUACCUGAGGCUGAGCACGCAAGUGGCCUGGAUAACUUCCUGUCCAGCGGAGCGGAUGAGGCCUUUUCCGAGCUGAACUUGAUCGACCUAAAUUUCGCGCUGUAUCGCUGCGAGGCCGAAGAGCGAGACUCGAGUGACGGCCAGGACGGCGUGUAUGCCAUCCCGAACCACGGCCCCUUGGUGUAUGCCGGUCUUCAAGGAUGGUGGAGUGUCUUGGAGGAUAUUAUCAAAUACAACAAGCUGGGUCACCCACUGUGUGAUCAUCUCCGAGAAGGUCAGUGGGCUUUAGACUAUGUCGUAGGACGCAUGGAAAAGGUCGCUUCCAAGGACGGACAUGCUGCUCUGCACAAGCCUGCCGCAUGGCUUCGAGAGAAGUUUGAUGCUGUUCGCGGGCUACCCAGCUUUUUACUCCCGCGUUACUUUGCGAUAAUUAUUCAGGUGGCCUACAAUGCUGCAUGGAAGAGGGGCAUUCACCAGUUCGGCGACAAUGUGCGACACGGUCAGGAAUUCAUUCACCAACUGGCCAUGGUUAGCGUUCAACAGAUGGGCUACGUGAAAUCUGCCUCGCUUUGGCCUUCCAAACAAGUUCCUAGCCUUGCCGCUGGCCUGCCCCAUUUUGCGGUAGACUGGGCUAGGUGCUGGGGACGAGAUGUGUUCAUCUCGAUCCGGGGACUGUUUCUGUGUACUGGGCGAUUUGACGACGCCAAAGAGCAUAUUAUUGCUUUCGCAAGCGUGCUAAAGCAUGGUAUGAUCCCUAACCUGCUCAGCAGUGGGAAAUUGCCGAGAUACAACUCGCGCGACUCUGUGUGGUUCUUCCUCCAGGCCAUCCAAGACUUCACCACCAUGGCUCCUAAUGGCAUUGACAUCUUGCAAGAGAAGGUUCCUCGGCGGUUUUUGCCGUAUGAUGAUACCUGGUUUCCUUUUGAUGACCCUCGGGCAUAUUCACAGUCCCCGACUGUUCUUGAAGUUGUUCAGGAGGUAUUCCAGAGGCACGCCCAUGGUCUCUCGUUCCGUGAAUACAAUGCCGGCCCGGAUCUUGAUAUUCAGAUGAAAUCUGAAGGGUUCCAAAUUGAUAUUAAGGUGGAUUGGGACACAGGAAUCAUCUUUGGCGGCAGCCAGAAUAACUGUGGCACCUGGCAAGACAAGAUGGGCGAGAGUGAGAAGGCUGGAAACAAGGGCGUUCCUGGCACUCCUCGAGAUGGAGCUUCUAUUGAGAUCACCGGUCUUGUUUAUAGUGCUCUAUCCUGGGUCGCCAAGCUGCACGAUUCUAAGGACUAUCCUCACGAAGGAGUGGACAUUGGCGACGGCAAGUCCAUCACCUUCAAGGAAUGGAAAGACAAGAUCAAGGCCAACUUCGAGCGCUGCUACUUUGUUCCAGUCGAUCCCAAGGAUGACAGCAAGUAUGAUGUGGAUUCAAACAUCGUCAAUCGCCGUGGAAUCUACAAGGACUUGUACAAAUCUGGUAAAACCUUCGAGGACUACCAGCUUCGCGGAAACUUCCCUAUUGCGAUGUCUGUCGCACCGGAUCUCUUUACCCCCGAAAAUGCCCUCAUGGCUCUGUCCAUCGCUGAUGGUGCAGUUCUGGGCCCGGUGGGCGUGGCCACCCUCGACCCAUCAGACCUCAACUAUCGCCCGAACUACGAUAAUUCGGAAGACUCGACCGACUUUGCCACGUCGAAAGGCCGCAACUAUCACCAGGGCCCAGAGUGGACCUGGCAACGCGGGUACUUCUUGCGGGCCUUGUUACAUUUCGAUCUUCUGAGACGCAAGACACCAGAAGAGCGGACUGAGUCCUUCCAGCAGAUUACACGGCGUCUGGAUGGAUGUAAAAAGGAACUGCGGGAGUGCCCUUGGAAGGGACUGCCAGAAUUAACCAACAAAAAUGGAGCGUAUUGUGCAGACUCGUGUCCCACUCAAGCAUGGUCUGCCGGCUGCCUGCUUGAUCUUUAUUAUGAUGCUUCAAAACAUUCUUAG